AUGGGCGUGCGGCCGGUCUGUGAGGCCAAUUUAGGUUGUAGGGUGCACGACCGGCUACGAGGGAGCUUGGGUGAGGGUUGUUACUCGUUGGCCUAUGGUGUGCGAGGCCGCAAAGUUGUAGGGCACAUACGUGAGACUACUCGGGCAACUAGGCAUGUGCGCGAGGCUACUAGCUUGAGUGGCGUUGUCCUAGCUAUUACGGUUAUGGGCGAUGGCGAGGGUUGUGUGGGCGAUGGCUUGGAGGUUAGUGAAAGGGGCACUCGGCGAAGGGCUAUUGUGUGGGAAGCUAGUGGGAAGGCUAUUGGUGUGGGUGUUUGUGAGGCUAUGAGAGGGGAGCACUUAGGAAGCUGCAAGUUUGACAAGAAUCAUAAAGAGCUAAUGGGUAUCCUUAAGCUUGGAGAGGACGUGGAGAUCAAACAACAAGUCAUCAAGACAGCGAUCUUGAUGUCCAUGAAGGCUCACAAAUCUCCGGAGAAACAUUAUCUCUCUAACAAGAUUAAAAACUCGUUUAUUUUUAGCUUUCCUGGUUCUUGGUCUGUAAAUGAAUGGUUCACUAAUGAUUCCUUUGGAGAAGUGAAGGUGGAUCUUCAGCUAUUCCCUUCCCUCAAAUACAUAGGUCUUGAUCAAACUGCUACAUGCAACGAAGCUUUUCUCAAAAGAUUCAAAGCUGUUCUGGCUUAUCCACCCUUCAAAAAUGAGGUGGAAAAAGCUGUGACGCUCAGGAAGCAAGUUGUGUUUGCAGGCCAUUCUUCAGGAGGGGCUAUAGCCAUCCUGGCAACAAUUUGGUUGUUGGAACUGUACGUUCGACAAGGCUCCGAGGAUAUGGCCCCUGUCUGUUUGACUUUUGGUUCUCCCCUUGUAGGUGAUCGCAUCAUGAGUCAUGCGCUCAGGCGUGAAAAGUGGUCUCGCUACUUCGUGAAUUUUGUUACAAGAUAUGACAUUGUCCCGCGGAUUUCACUCACUCCUCUCUCAGCCAUUGAGAAACAACUGCACCAGGUUCUUGAUUUCUUCAAUCCAAAAUCCAAACUUUACAAGCAUGAGCUUGCCAAUGAAGCUCCAGGUUUCUACGUAACCGUGAUGGAAAAUGCAUCUUCUGUUGCUAGCUAUGCUGCCUGUAAAAUCAUGGGAAGCACAAACCUCCUUUUAGAGACUUUAUCAAGCUUCAUAAAAUUAAGUCCCUAUACACCCUUAGGGACCUAUGUCUUCUGCAUAGAAAAUAGGAAACUUGUUGUCGAAAGAAACCCGGAUGCUAUUUUGCAAGUACUGCUAUAUUCUUCGCAGUUGAGCACCGAAGAAGAAAAGGUGACAGUUGCCCAAAGAAGUCUAAGAGAUCAUUUGAACUACAGAGAUGGCCUACGAGAGAGCUUACAAAUGCAAAUUGGGCCAUGUUUCAAUCAUGGUCAUCUAGAAGCACUUGUAUUAAUUUUAGAUCAAAUUGGGUCAUUUUUCAAUCAUGGUCAUCUAGAAGCACUUGUAUUAUUUUUAGAUGAUGCAAAUGAGAGUGUCCCAGUUGACACGACCUCAAUUGGGUUAGGCCUAAGUGAUAGAGCCAGAAUCUGCAUUAGUGCCGCUAAAGAAUUGGAGAAGCAGAAGCUAAGGAACCAGGCUGCAAUUGACGACAAGAAGAGAGAUAUUGAGGAAAGAAUAAAGAAGCUACAAGCGUACAAAAGCAACUGUGAACUUCGCAAAGGCUGCUAUUAUGAUGUCUUCAAGAUUUCAAAAUAUGAGGAAGAUUUCCAUGCCAAUCUAGAGAGGCUUGAACUAGCAGGUAUAUGGGAUGAGAUAAUCGAAAUGCUGAAGCGAUAUAGACUCCCGGAUGAAUUUGAGUGCCAGGAAUCAUGGAUAGAUCUUGGUACCAGGUAUCGUCGCAUUGUUGAACCCUUGGAUAUCGCUAAUUACUAUCGACACCUCAAGAAUGAAGACACAGGACCCUAUAUGGGAAAGGGCAGGCCACGAAGGUAUAAAUGCACCCAAAAGUGGCGUGAGCAUGCUGAGCAGUUGCCAAAUGAAGUUCCGGGAUCAUGUUUUUGGGCAGAGCUAGAGGAGCUCUGCAUUAAAACUGAAAGCCCGGGAAUUAAAGAAAGCAUUUCACUCCUAAAGACCAAAGUUGAAAAGUGGAUUCGAGAAGGGGAACUAGGUGAGGAUGUAAAGUUCGAGAAUUCAACCUUUAAGAAAUUGCUAGAAGAACAUUCCUUACCAAUAUAG